UUUCUUGAUAUAAUCAAAAUGUUUAUUAAUAUAGAAACCGAGGGCAAGUUUGGAAUUAUAUCAUUAAAAAUCCCAAGUGGGAAUCUUCUUGGUGGACAAGUAAAGAAACUGGAAGAAAAUAGCGGCUGCAGUAAAAAAAAGUGAGAGAGAGAGAGAGAGAGAGAGAGAAGAGAAAGCAUUAAUAAAUAUUGAGUAGCUCAGCAAAUACAUCAUCAUCACAAGCUUUUUGUUUCCUGCUGCAGUUUACGAUGAACACACGAAGCUCAACUUGCUUCCUCGUCCUUCGUCCUUAACACUGUUCACAUUUCAGCUUUGUUGUUGCUUUGCUUUUUUUCACGACCUCUCUAAUGUGAUAUAUAUAAUUCUAAACAACUAUUCUUUAAACCCUUUUUACACCAACCCAUGAAAACGGAAAUAUAGAGAGAGAAAGAGAGAUCAUAUAUAAACAUAAUAACAAAAUCUGCAUAAAACCCUCUUGAGAAAAAGAUAGGCUUAUUUCCUAAAACCCCAGAGUACUUGUUGAGAUAGAAUAAACACUUGAAUAUGGCGAGUGAGGUUUCUAACAAGUAAGUUGAUGGUUCAUUUUUCAAGCCAAGUCUUAAAACUCAAUGGAACCAGUUGAUGUUGAGAUAGAAAAGGUUUUGACAGAGCUGUCUUGUGUUGAUUUCAGGAGCAAAAAGCCUAGGAAGAGAAGAAAUGGAAGUGAAUCAGUAGUGGAUACUCUAGCAAAGUGGAAGAACUACAACGAUCAACUUUCUUCAUUAGAAAAUGGAAAAGGGAACCUCAAAUCUCCUGCUAAAGGCUCCAAAAAGGGUUGUAUGCGUGGAAAAGGAGGGCCUGAAAACUUAGAUUUUUAUUUCAGGGGAGUUAGACAAAGGACUUGGGGGAAGUGGGUUGCUGAAAUCCGAGAACCCCACAAUGGAUCUACUAAGUCUAAUCAGAAAGGAAGCCGGCUUUGGCUCGGUACUUUCUCCACUGCCACUGAUGCUGCUAGGGCUUAUGAUGAAGCUGCUAAAGCCAUGUAUGGUCCAGUGGCACUCCUUAACUUCCCCGAAAGCCCGGCUGUGGAUUCAACUGAGGAACUAAGCAAUGCAUUCCCUUCCAGCAAGCUAGAAGAAACAGAACAAGAUGAGGAGCUAAACUUAGAUAUGAAGCAUAACUAUGGUUUUGCAGAAGCUGAUUUUGUUAAGAGAUCACUAGAAAAACAGGACUGUUUCCGGGAUACUAAGUUGAAUCGUGGGGAUUAUUUAUCUGAAGCUGCUCAAAACUCAGAACCUGGUACUAUGACUCUCAAUGAAGAUAUGGAGAUGGAUGUUAAAGAUAUUAUGAUAAGCAAUGACUGCUCUGAUAAUUAUGCUUGCUUGCAAACUGGACAUAGUAGUAAUACUGGUUACUACUCAGUUAGAGAUUUUGAACCUGCAAAUGAUGUUAAUAUGGUUGAGAAAUUUGACAAUUUUUGUGGCUCUGCCGGUUCAUCAAGAAGAGAUAAUUACUUACAAAAUUGGGCAACUACUGAAACAUUGGCUAGAGAUCCUGACCUCUCUAAGAGCUUAGAUCAGAUGGAGGAAACACAACUGAUUCCCGGCUACGAUUUUGAUUUCUUGACUCCGGGUUAUGAUUUUGGUUUAGCAGAAGAACAAGAGAAACUUCACUUAUGGUUCCCUAAUCAAUGAUCCAUUUGUUGGUGAAGAAUUUUGAUCAAGAUGCUCUUGGUGUUUCUUGUUUCUCAAGCUUCCUUUCAGUGUAUAUUCAUGGUGAAGAAGUUGCAGAGAUUUUGGCAAACAAUCAAAAAGAGUAAAUAGAGUUUUAGGGUAGUAUAGUAAAUGAUAUUCUUUAUAGAAGCAUUGCAUUGGUUCUCCUGAUAGUAUGAAUAUUGUUUAUUUAUUUAUUUAUUUUAUUGUUGAUAGAUGUUUUUUCUUACUAUCAUUGAUAGAAGGAUGUAUGAAAAUUAUUUUACAAAAUCUGACUCGUGAGGGUUAUUUUGUAUUUGAAAAUUGUUAUUGCAAGCAUGGGUUGAGUCCAAAAAGAAAAGAAAGAAAUACAUAAUUGGAUGUAAAACAAAGGAGUAACAGUAUGAACUAUGAAAAUGUAAAUAUGUCUUGAAGAAAAUACUAUAAAGAUGAAAGUUAGUCUA